UUCACAUUCUUCAAGUCUCGAGAUUCCGAGUCAUGGGUGUGCGAGUUCUGGCAAUUCUGCUAGUUGUUCUCCUUGGAGAUUCCAUUGGAGAUGCAGCUACAAAUCCUUAUGAUUUCAGUGCGCUUACGGGGCUAAAGACUGAUUGGCAAAAUGCACCACCCAACUGGGCGGUGGUGGGGACUGAUCCUUGUGGCGAUAAUUGGGUUGGGAUUCGCUGCAAUAAUUCUCGCGUUACUUCCAUAAUUCUGUCGAGCGCGGGUUUGACAGGUUCGCUCUCGGGAGACAUUGGACAAUUAUCUGAAUUACAGAUUCUAGACCUAUCUUAUAACAAGGGCCUGACUGGAUCUCUUCCUGAACAAAUUGGAAACUUGAUUAAGCUCACACGCUUAAUUCUGGUUGGUUGCGGAUUUUUUGGCCAAAUACCAGAUUCCAUUGGAUAUCUCCAGAACCUGGUGCAUUUAUCUCUAAAUUCAAAUAGAUUCAGUGGGCCGAUUCCUGCUAUCAUUGGUAACCUUUCUACACUUUACUGGUUGGAUCUAGCCGACAAUCAGCUAACUGGAUCUAUUCCCAUAUCGAAUGGAAGCAAUCCUGGCCUUGAUAUGCUACUUCGCGCAAUUCACUUUCAUUUUGGACAGAACCAACUCUCUGGCACAAUUCCUCCCCAACUAUUCAGUUCCGGGAUGCAUCUCGUACAUGUGCUUUUCGACAACAAUCAUCUCACAGGUAGCAUCCCUUCCACUCUUGGACUGGUGCGGAGUUUGGAAGUUGUUCGUUUUGAUAGGAACGCUCUAGAUGGUGCAGUCCCUGGAAAUCUCAACAAUCUUACAUCUGUUCAAGAACUUCUUCUUUCCAACAAUAGGCUAACUGGUCCGUUGCCCAACCUUGCUGGCAUGAACACCCUCUACUACCUGGACUUAAGCAAUAAUAGUUUUGAUGCGACAGAUUUCCCUUCAUGGAUUCCAACGUUACAGUCUUUGACAACAUUAAUGCUGGAAAGCACGCAAGUUCGAGGAGUGCUACCUGUUAUCCUUUUCAGCAUUUUCAGUUUGCAAAGUGUGGUCUUAAGAAACAACCAGCUGAAUGGAACCUUGGAUAUAGGCACCAGCCAUGACAAUCAAUUGCAACUCAUCGAUCUCCAGACCAAUUUUAUCGAUGACUUCAAGCAGAGUACUGGAGGUUACAGUGUUGAGGUGAUACUUGUCGGUAACCCGGUUUGUCAAGAAACAGGAGCAGCUGGGCAAAGUUACUGUACCAUUCCACAAUCCAACUCCUCCUCAUACUCGACACCGCAUGACAAAUGCAUCCCAGCCGUUUGCAAUUCAAAUCAGACUUCCAGCCCCAACUGUAAAUGCAGCUAUCCUUACACAGGAACUUUAGUCUUCACAGCUCCUUCUUUCUCAGGUUUAGGAAACUCGACUUAUUUCGAAAACCUCGCAAGCUCCAUGAUGAUCUUUUUUCAGUCCUAUCAACUUCCGGUAGCUUCCGUCUCGCUGAGUGAUCCGCUCAAGGAUUCAUCUGAUUACCUUAAACUGAAUCUUGCGGUCUUCCCAUCUGAAGGGGUUAGUUUCAAUCGGACUAGCAUAAACAGUAUUGGCUUUGUGCUCAGUAAUCAGACUUACAGGCCUCCAAAAUUAUAUGGGCCUUUCAAUUUCCUUGCUGAUCAGUACACGUACUUUGCUGAAGUACAAGUACCAACUACAUCAAAUUUGUCAAACAUCAGUGUCAUCAUUGGUGCAGCAGCCGGUGGUUUUGUUCUCUUCUUGCUAUUGCUAUUGGCUCUUGUAGGGCUUUAUGCUUUUCAUCAAAAGAAAAGAGCAGAAAAGGCUACAGAGCAAAGCAACCCUUUUGUAAACUGGGACCUGAAUAAGAGCAGCGGUGAAUUUCCCCAACUCAAAGGAGCGAGAUGGUUUUCUCUAGAAGAGCUUAAGAAAUACACCAACAAAUUCGCAGAAGCCAAUGAAAUUGGAUCCGGUGGCUAUGGAAAGGUCUACAGGGGUACUUUUCCCACUGGAACUCUAGUUGCCAUAAAACGAGCACAGCAGGGAUCUAUGCAGGGUUGGGUCGAGUUCAAAAAUGAGAUUGAGCUUCUAUCAAGAGUCCAUCACAAGAAUCUUGUCAGCCUUGUCGGUUUUUGUUCUGAGCACGGUGAACAAUUGCUAGUGUACGAGUUCCUUCCAAAUGGUACCAUCAAAGAGAGUCUCUCAGGAAAGUCAGGAAUCAGGUUGGAUUGGGCAAGGAGACUCAAAGUAGCCAUUGAUGCAGCCCGAGGUCUGGCUUAUCUUCAUGAGCUUGCUAAUCCUCCGAUCAUACAUAGGGACAUAAAAUCAACCAACAUCCUAUUGGAUGAUCACUUGAAUGCGAAAGUUGCUGAUUUUGGUCUCUCCAAGCCCGUGACAGAAGGUGAAAGGGGUUAUGUCACCACUCAAGUCAAAGGAACAAUGGGCUACUUGGAUCCUGAAUACUACAUGACGCAACAGCUGACUGAGAAGAGCGAUGUGUAUAGCUUUGGAGUAGUGAUGCUGGAACUCCUUACAGCCAGAAGGCCGAUAGAGCGGGGCAGAUAUAUUGUGAGAGAAGUGAGGGUGGCCAUGGAUAAGGACAAAGAUUUGUACAAUCUGCAGGGGAUUCUCGACCCUGCCAUCGGUUUGGGCACGUCUUUGAAGGGACUCGAGAGGUUUGUGGAGUUAGCAAUGAGAUGUGUGGAAGAAUCAGGAGCAGACAGGCCAACCAUGGGAGAGGUGGUGAAGGAAAUCGAGAACAUCAUGGUUUUCGCGGGUUUGAAUCCAAAGGCCGAAUCUCCAAAGACUGAAUCGGCGACCACUUCAGCCAGUUAUGAGGAGGCGAGUAAGGAGUAUGCUACACAUCUCUACAGCAACGAGGACUUCACAGAGGAUAGUGGGGGCUUCCCACCUUCAAGGAUCGAACCCCAGUAGGGAAAUUACAGUCACGAUCAGCUUUAGUGUACAUUAAGAAAAUCAAACUAGCAUAUGUAUUCACAACCAACUCUUUCCAGAUGUUCAGGUCUAGUGAUAUUUGUAUUCUGUUGAGAAUUUAAUCAUGUAAAAUUACCGGCCUCU